GCGGGGGCUGCUGGGUAAUCCGACUCCAGAGAGGGAAAGAGAAGGAGGGAGGCGGCGGCGGCAGAGACUGGCGUCGUCGGGGAGGCCCUGACACCGCCGCCCUCUCGCGUUUCAGCGCAGCCCCGGCUCGGCGGCCCCCAGACAUGGAGCGGCGGGGGAGCCGGAGAUGGAACUCCGCCUCCGCGCCUUUCUCCCCGCGGUGAUCUCCCUCGGCCUGCCCCUCCUCUCGCCUGUGGCGGCGGCGGCGGCGGCUGCUGCUUCUGGGCCCUUCCUGGCUCUCCUCACGCCCGCCCGGCGGUGGCGGCAACCGAGAAAUGGUCGGGGUGUAGCGACGGAGCCAGCGGAGACCAGCAAAGAAGAUAAAUUAUCUAGCCGUAUCCAAAGUAUGCUUGGAAACUAUGAUGAAAUGAAGGAUUUUAUAGGUGACCGGUCCCUCCAGAAGCUUGUUGAAAUUCCUAAACCAACAGUACCAUCAACAACAGAUGAAAAAUCAAACCAAAGUUUCUUUGGUGAUCAGAGGCACAGUACUGGCUCUCAUCAGAGCAGCAAAUGGACGCCUGUAGGUCCAGCACCUAGCACUUCUUCCCAGUCGCAGAAGCGUUCCAUAGGUUUACAGAGUGGACAUGGUGGCCAGCGCAACAGUGGCAAUAACACUAGCAGUAGUGGGCAAAGGCAUGACCGUGACUCGUAUAGCAGUAGUGGGAGCAGCAGUAGCCGUAAAAAAGCCCAGCAUGGAUCUGAACAUUCAAAGUCCCGUUCUUCCAGCCCUGGAAAACCACCUGCUGUUUCUUCUCUGAACUCCAGUCAUUCCAGGUCUCAUGGAAAUGAUCAUCACAGCAAGGAACAUCAGCGCUCCAAAUCUCCGCGAGACCCUGAUGCCAACUGGGACUCACCCUCCCGUGUCCCUUCCUUUUCUAGUGGUAGUCAGGCUUUCCCUCCUUCGCUUAUGUCUAAAUCUAACACAAUGUUGCAGAAGCCUACUGCCUAUGUAAGGCCUAUGGAUGGUCAGGAGUCCAUGGAACCAAAGCUAUCUUCUGAACACUACAGUAGCCAGACACACAGCAACAAUAUGAAUGAACUGAAACCUGGUAAAGCACAUCUAACAAAGCUGAAAAUUCCGUCUCAGCCGCUUGACGCAUCAGCAUCCAGUGACAUGAGCAGUGUGGAUGAAAUUCUAAAAGAGAUGACCCAUAUUUGGCCACCGCCAUUGACAGCUAUUCACACACCUUGCAAAACUGAACCUUCAAAGUUUCCAUUCCCAACAAAGGAAGCUCAGCAAUCUAAUUUUGGCACUGGAGAACAAAAAAGAUACAAUUCUUCAUCAAAAACAUCUAAUGUCCACCAGUCUAAAUCGUGUGAAUCAAACCAGACAAACGUCCUUAUAAAUGACUUGAAAAUCAGCAGCAGCGAAGACAGUGAUGUCGAGCAGGAUUCUGAUAAGACUGUGCCAAGAGGUACACCUGGAAGUAAUUCUGAACCUUCCCAGCAUACAAGUGAAGGAGCCGAUAAUUCUAGAGAUGACUCAAGCAGCCAUAGCGGAUCGGAGAGCAGUUCUGGUUCCGACUCUGAAAGUGAAAGUAGUUCAAGUGACAGUGAGGCAAAUGAGCCAUCCCAGAGUGCGUCUCCUGAGCCGGAACCACCUCCAACGAACAAGUGGCAGCUGGACAACUGGCUGAACAAGGUGAAUCCGCAUAAAGUAUCACCAGCUUCUUCUGUGGACAGUAACAUCCCAUCAACACAAGGCUACAAAAAUGAGGGUAGAGAUCAGAGCACAGGGGGUGGAUAUGCAGAUCAGAGUGGAUCUAAAGAAUCAAUUUCUUCCACUCCUGGGAGAGAUUCAAAAACCAGCCAGAAAGGAUCAGAGAGCAAUCGGGGCAGACAAAAGUCACCUGCUCAGAGUGACAGCAUGACCCAAAGGAGGACUGUAGGUAAAAAACAGCCCAAAAAGACAGACAAACCAUCUGUGGAAGAGCCCAGAGGGGGGCUGAAAAUAGAAAGUGAAACUCCAGUGGACAUGACAACAAAUAUACCCUCUAACAGACACAAGGCAGCCACAAAAGGCUCUAGAAAGCCCAACAUAAAGAAGGAGCCCAAAUCUUCACCUCGGCCUACAACCGAGAAAAAGAAGUGCAAGGUUGCAAACAAGUCCUCCCAGAAAUCCAAGGAAUUCAUAGAAACAGAUACCUCAUCCUCUGAUUCUGAUGAGAAUGAAAGCUUGCCUCCUUCAUCACAAACCCCCAAAUAUUCUGAGAGCAAUAGGACUCCUGUUAAACCCUCCAUGGAGGAGGAUGACAGCUUUUUACGGCAACGAAUGUUCUCUCCUAUGGAAGAGAAGGAACUCCUUUCACCCCUCAGUGAUCCUGAUGAAAGGUAUCCCCUUAUUGUGAAGAUUGACUUGAGCCUCUUAACCAGAAUACCAGGGAAGCCUUACAAAGACACAGACCCAUCAAAAGUUGAGAGGAAGAAUGUGUCCGAGAAGCAUCCAAGGGAGCCCCAGAAAACAUCCUCCGAGAAAGGUUCCACCAAGGGCAAGCGGAAGCAUAAGUUAUGUCAGAAUGCAGAGGAAAGCCGAGGCGUUGAAAGCAAGAAAACUAAACUAGAAGAAAAGGCUCCUUCAGCGCACAAAACUUCCAGUAACAGAGAAUCAUCAAAGCAGAGUGCUGUUAAGGAGAAGGAUCUUCUUCCGUCUCCAGCCACAACCCCAGCCACCCAGAAAGAUUCCAAGCAAGAGCAUGGGUCCCGGAAGAGAACCGUCAGUCAGUCAUCUUCCUUGAAAUCGAGCAGUAACAAUAACAAGGAGAGUAGCAGCAGCAAAGGUAGCUCUUCUAAACAAAAGAAGACUGAAGGGAAGGCCUCAAGUAAUACCAAGGAAGCAAAGGAGAAGCUUUUAAAUAAUUCUGCAAACUGCCCUUCUGCCUCCACCAUGACUACAGAUAACUCGAAGUCCCGGAGAGCAAAGCUAGUGUUUGAUGACAGGACUUACUCAGCAGAUCACUACUUGCAAGAAGCAAAGAAAUUAAAGCACAAUGCCGAUGCAUUGUCUGACAGGUUUGAGAAAGCUGUGUACUACCUUGAUGCCGUCGUGUCGUUCAUUGAAUGUGGGAAUGCAUUAGAGAAAAAUGCUCAGGAAUCAAAGUCCCCGUUCCCUAUGUAUUCGGAAACUGUGGAGCUGAUCAAGUACACUAUGAAACUGAAGAAUUACUCAGCACCAGAUGCUACUGCAGCAGACAAAAGGCUAGCAGUGCUGUGUCUUAGAUGCCAGUCCCUGUUAUACUUAAGACUUUUCAAACUGAAGAAGGAGAGUGCCCUGAAGUAUUCCAAGACAUUGACUGAACAUCUAAAGAAUUCCUAUAACAAUUCUCAAGCACCAUCACCUGGUAUGGGAAGCAAACCAGUCAGCAUGCCGUCUCCAGUCUCUCCGAAGUUGUCUCCGGGAAAUUCAGGAAAUUACUCUUCAGGGUCAACCAACCCUUCAGGGAGCACAUCUUCAGUUACUAUUCCACAACGGAUACACCAGAUGGCAGCCAGCUAUGUCCAGGUUACAUCCAAUUUUCUGUAUGCCACUGAAAUUUGGGACCAAGCUGAUCAGCUUGCUAGAGAGCAAAAGGAAUUCUUUGCUGAACUGGAUAAAGUGAUGGGCCCUCUGAUCUUUAAUGCAAGUGUCAUGACAGACCUAGUACGUUACACAAGACAGGGACUGCAUUGGUUGCGUUUGGAUGCCAAGUGAUAACUGGACUGAAGAAAUCUAAAGCAUAGAAGAUACUUUUCUUGCUGCCUCUGAUUUUUUUUCAACACUGUGUCAUAAAAAAAUAAGGAAGACUGCCAUAAUGCAUUGCUUAGUGGACACUGAGAUUAAGGAAUGCUUUCAUGUGUCUCCCAGCAUCAUGUGUUUGAGAACCUCCCAACCAUCAUGUUAAUGAACUUUUUCAGUUGUUCCAUUUUUAAGGUAUUUAAAAAAUAGUUUAAACUCUGCAACGUUUUAAUGUAAGAUCGAUUCAUUGAGCUGCAAUUGGAUUGGAAUUCUAGUAAUUAUGCCUAACAAAUCUGUUUUAAAACAUAUUUAUUUUAAUUUGUUUUUGAAAGCUCUAUUUUUGGGCUUUUUUAAGAUUUAGCAAUUUUUCCUAUAAAUUUUACCUGAUCAAGUACUUAGUGAAGAUAAAAUGUAGACACUUUAUUUAAGUAUUUUGUGAGCUUUGUUAUUCUGUAAUGUCUUGUGGUGGUAGAGCUUGUAAGAGAAAGUCAGGGUUGAUAGAUUCUAAAGUGUAGGGACAUAUUUUCAUGAAUAUCUCAGUUAAACCCCUAAAUGACAGCCACAGGUUUAUUAUUGUACUAAGUUCCAAGGAUGUUGUUCUAUACAUUAAGCCAUUUUAUUUAAGUGAGAUGUAAAAAAAAUAUCUCUAUGGACACUUAGCUUCAAAACACGUCUUAACACUAAUAAUAUGAAAACCUUCCAGGAAGUUGCAUUUAAUGCAAUAUCAAAGUGAUGUGGGUCUCACAAUUGAGCUUCAGUCUGCAGGUGUAGACCAGAAAUGGUUUCAAAUGGACAAUCUUGUGCUUUGGUGCAGCCUCUGUUUCCUUGCUUGUCUUUAUUAGACACUGAAGCCACUAACUCACUCCUACAUGGAAGUGAUGCUUGUCCAUUUCCAGUGGUAAAUCAGAAAAUGUGAGCAGUAACUAAACACCCUUGGGUUUCUCAUGGUUAGGUGUACGCAGGGGGCAACAUGGGGUUGAGAGUAGACCUAUGAUUACAGGGACAUUUUAAACUGUUAACGUCCAGUUGAUUUAAAAUCUUGCUUUUGCCCCAUUUUAUGACACCUUCCUUAAUGUUAAGUGUUUGUGAUGGGAACAGAAUCUUUAAUUUUCAAGGAAAUAACUGUGAUCACCAAAAAUCAUGCGUGGAAUUCUAAGUGACUGCUUUAAGGUUACUAACCAGAGCACCUUUCCAUAGGAGGUGCCUGCCUGACGAAAAGAAUACUGCUUAGCAUCCCUAACAUGUCUGGUGUGCCUUAUGCCUUUUUAGACGAAGAUUUUGAAUACUGUUUACAAGAGGUUUUACACUUAGGACCUGGUAUACUGUAUCCAGUUGGUCUCCUGCAGUACUUUGGUAAAAUUCCACUUCCUUUUCCUGAUAACUAGUGGCUGUCAUUUGUUGAGAAUACACACAUUGGUUGUUCGUUAGAGUCAAACUCUGAACCCCUCUCAGUGUGGGGUUGUGGAAUGCUGCUUUACCUGCCCUUGUCCCUGAACCCUACCCCAGAUGUAAAUGUGCAUGUUCAAGAAAAUGAUUGCACUAAAUUUAUGUCUAGCUGUAUAGCUAUGUGCCAAAAUGAUGGCGAACGUUGAAAGAAGGAAUAGAAUUCUACAUUGAUUAGUACUGCAGUGUGUCCUUGGGACGUUGAGAAACUUCAUAAAUUAUAGUCACUAAACUAUAGCUUGCAUAGUCAACGGAGCCUUGUGUUCGGAUGGUUUGUACUUCAAGGAAUGCACAGGUUCUCUUACCUUGAUACUUUGAAUUGUUUCCGAUGAAAUCAACUAUCCCUUGGUUCUGUAUUCACAAUCAUUAAUGCUGUUUACUGUUGCACUCUUAUCCACAAGAAUGCAUUGUAAGAGUGGAGGGAAAAAUACGAAGUCGCACCCAUGCAUACAAAAGAUGAUAAAUCAAACAAUAUUUGAGAAAAUGAUGCAGCCUAGGAUGAUUUACUGUGGGCAAACUGAAUUUCAGUUAAGCAGUAAUGGGUGAUGAUGUAUUAAAUGGCUACAUAUUCUUUUGGUGUCGCUGUUUGGCCAGUGCAAAUACAACUGCUGUCAUAUGGAACCUUCUUUAAACCGCUUCCUUGGCAAGCAGUUUAUUGUGUAUGUGCCCGGCACACAGACUAAGAGAGUUUCAGAUUAUUUUUUAAAAAAUAAAAAGAAAUGGUUUCUGUGGUCCAUUUCAUGUGAGCUGCUUGUGUAGAGGUACCAGUCUCGUGAAGCAGUUUUAAAGCGGGCACGUUUUCAUGUGCUUUGGUCCCAAGAGGUACAGCACAGAUGCUAACUCAGAUCCAAUGGAUAGGUUUUUCCUUAACAUUCAGAAGUGCCUGGCACACUUAUCAUACCGAAGCCUCUACACUGUUAGCAGGAGUUGGAUUACAAGCUCACUUGCUGUGUAGUGCUGCAGUGAUCAGCAGGGUGAUUUGGCUUGGUUUUGUACCCAGUUACCAUAACUGCCAGUGGGAAAAUCUCUCUCGUUUUUUUAAAAAAACAUUGUUUUCAGAAGUAGAAUACUCUAUAUCAGAUUGGAUUUUUUUUAAAGAAGCUUCUUCAGAUGAAUCCUAGACAUUUGUAUGUUUAAUAAUUUAGCAAGGCCUCUGUAGUUUUAAAUGUAUACCUAAGCUAGCAAGCAUUAUCUUUUGUAAUAUAUGCCUCCCAGAGGUAUUAUUUGUAUUUCCUAAAUAUGAGCAGUUCUUUUCCUUCAUGAAUGCAAACUGUCUAGCAGUUUCCAACCAGUUAAAUUAGGAGUAGACAAAAUUUCAAAAGGCCAUCGAAUUUGGAAUUCCUUUGUCUCUAAAGUGCAUGAGUAAUUUGCCAAAGUUAAUUGUUAAAUGCAAACACAUCAUGAGCUUUUCCUUCUCUUCUCAAAGAGCAAAAGCAAGCUUAACAUCUGCCCUUAAGAUGCAUUAUGUGUAUAUUUUGAGCACUGGCACUGGCAUUGUGCUGUUGUCUUUGUGUGGAAACUCUGGAAUAAGGGGUUUUAUGGUUGUGUAUUCACACAUAUCAAUGUUGCUGUGUAUCCCAGUGAUGAGCCUUUUAGAACUGCUUAAUAGUCGGACUAGGCUUGCUCAGGUGUUCAAGUAAUUCUGAAUUUUCUCUCAAAAGUUGCAGGGUCAUAGGAGAGCAAUUCAUGAACGGUGGCACGAGAUCCACCAGUGGAAUUCUUUAGGUGUUUCACCAGCCUGCUGGCAGUGAGUGGGUGAGACACUGUAGCAUUAGAAGCUACAAAUGUUUCACUUCAUCAGUCGAUUCUGACUAGCAUGUCCCCAAACUAAAGAUCAGUUCUGAUGGCAGAUCCCCUUAAUAAAAUGCCUAGGAAACACUGACCUUGUUGACACUUAGCUACUUCAUUUUGUAUCUUAAAUGAACAUUCAGGGUACCAGACUAAGAUGACCCAGCGUGUUCAGUUCAAUAUGAUUUAAAUCUCUUGGCUGUAAAGCAGAGCAAGUGGCUCUUGACCUUUGACAGCAGUAUGCAAUUUGUAAUAUACAUGUUUCUAAUACAUAUAUCUACAUACAUAUAUAAAUGAAUGAACUCAAGUCUGUCCAAAGUUUGUUAUACUUGUGUUAGGUUAUAGUACAGCUGACUAUAUCAAUAUAUUUAUUGAGUGCUGAGCCAUCCUCAUUUUGGUGAUGGUGAUAAACUUUGCAUAUUAUGCUGGAGUGCUAUCAGUUUCUUUUAGAUUAUUGAAGCUUGAUUGCUGUGAUUUUAUACACGAGAAACCCUGUAGUGUGUGUUAUGAGCAGCCACAGCCGGUAGGGAGUCUGGAUAUAAUGGAGGGAUUGCCAAAGGCAAGUAAGACAUAGCUGUAGGCAGAUAACCACGAAGCUUGCCAAAUCUGGCAAAUAUCGGGAAAGACUACUUUUGCUAUAUAUAGUAACAUUUCCCUGCACUGUAAACUUUGCAGUAUUUUUUAUUAAGGGGGUUUCAAUGGACCUGAGCAAAUCAAGUCUGAAUACAUUUUACCCAUACAAGAAGUAAGCAACAACCAGACCAUAUGGCAGAGUCCAGAAUGGCAAAUAUUUCAUAAAUAUUUGCGUCAAGGACAGAAUGACGUUAAAUUGAGUGGAAAUCAGUAUUGUGGGAAGUUUGGGUUUUUGGUAGCUAAGUUAAUGUUGGAGAUCUUUCAACAGAGUGUAGCCAAAGCUUUUACUAGUGUGCUCUAUUCAGCGACUUUCCCCCAAGACCUAGAAAAUGCAGGUUAACUGUACAGAGUAUGAGAAAUCAGUUUCAUUAUUUUGGGUGGGUACUGGGGUGCUUAUGGCAUUUUAAAAAUAGCAGUUAUGGGAAAUGGGUUGAUUGUAACAUUCUCACUGGAGUCGAGACUUUUGUAGAAACCCGAGUGUUUUCACAAAAUGGCUUCUCCCGAUUCAUCGAGGCUUUAAGCAAACUCAGCCGAAGACAUUUUGUUGCUUCCCGCUCAGAUUAAUUGUCAAAGUGGAUCUAAUUUUGGCUUGUCUUCCCAAUUCCAUGUGUAAAUGUAUUGACCACACAUUUGUUUCUGGUAAUGUAACCGAACAGAACUGGUGCUGGCAAAUUGGGCUCAGAUGUUUUCCUUCUCAUAGAUCACAUCAGUAUUGGCAGCCAACAUUCCAAGAUGGUUGCACUAAAAUAACAUAGAACUUGGCUACAUGAGCCAGGCCAAAAGCCUCUGCAAGCACAGUUGCUGGCAUAUGUAUCUGGUUCCAUUUUUAAAUGGUUUUAAGAAGUUUUGUAUAUGGAGGAUAAAGUGCUUAUAUAUUUAUUAAAGAUCCUUUAUCAUAUUUGAAAUUACUUGGUAAAGGUGGCUUUUCUUUUCCUUUUGGGGGCAAAUGUGUUGGGAGGGGGAAGUUGUUUUUAACCUUUGGCUUAUCAAUUAAAAAAUAUAAAAAAAUCCCUUCUUGAGCAUGCAGCUUGGUACUGAACAUGAUUGGCAGGAUGGCUCUCUGUUGUAUGCUUUGUACAUGACAUGUCCAUGUCUUAUACAUUUUGUUACUUAUCAAUGUAUUAGUCAUCUGUUUUCAACCAAAACUAAACUUUUAAAACAAAACUGUGAUCCCCCCCUUUACUUUGCAAUAUAUUUGAAAUUUCAAAAGGGUACUUUGGGGCUCCAAAUUAGGAUUUCUAAGUCAGUAUGUGCAUUUCACGUAUGUUAAUGGUGAGCAAAGUAUUAUAUACUAACUAGAUUUCCCCCCCACAUCUGUAUAGUAUAUCUAUGUAUUUUGUGGUAUUGAGAUUAUAGAAAGUUUAGUGUCUGAAAUAUGCGUUUAAUGUGUAUUUUUAAACAAAUUUAUGGCAAUUAAAUAUUUGGAGAAAAGGGUAUCACAUUUCAAUUUGUAAAGAUCUUUUUAACUACUGUGUCAUUAAAAUGCUUUGUACAAUGCAAAACUGUAACUGGAGAAACUAAGUUUAAUAAAUAUCAAAUAGAUUUUCUGUAUUAAACUUUAUAAGCACUGUGCUUGAAUUAA